CAUUUUUGCCUUGGAGUCCACGAAAAGAAAAAAAAUCUGUUUGUACCUUGCUUGAGUAAGAGUUGCUGACUUGCUUCAAUAUAUAUUCUCACAAGUCAUAACAUAACUUCUAAGUUCUAAGCUACUAAGCCAGUGUACAUUUUUGUACUAUUAUUACUAGCAAAAAAUGAACUCCAGUAGGAGUGCACGAGAAGCAGAAAUAAGAGCAUUUGAGGAAACAAAAUUAGGAGUUAAGGGGCUUGUUGAUGCUGGUGUUUCAACUAUUCCCUCUAUUUUCAUACAUCCCAAAAUUACACCCACUACUUCUCAUCAUCUUAGCUUUAGUAUUCCAAUCAUUGAUAUUUCUUCUGCCGCCGCGAAUGCCGCCGCGGCAGUCGACAAGAUUCGAGAAGCAUCGGAGGAAUGGGGAUUUUUCCAAGUGGUGAAUCAUGGGAUUCCAGACAUGGUUUUAGAAGAUAUAAUGAAAGGAGUUAAAGGGUUUUUUGAGCAAGAUGAUCAAGUGAAGAAAGGUUACUAUUCUAGGGAUUAUGAAAAUAGAAGAUUGACUUAUAAUAGUAAUGUUGAUUUGUUUACUGGACCUGCUGCUAAUUGGAGAGACACUUUUGGUGUUAUGAUGACCCCUAAUCCUCCUCUUCCUCAUGAAUUGCCUCCUCCUUGCAGGGAAAUUCUAAUAGAGUAUUCAAGGCAAGUGAUGAAGGUGGGAAAUACGUUGUUUGAGCUAUUAUCAAAGGCACUUGGAUUGGAGGCAAACUACUUAAAUGAAAUAGGAUGUAGUGAAGGGCUAAAUGUUACAGGUCAUUAUUAUCCUGCAUGUCCACAACCAGAAUUAACAUUAGGAACCUCGAAGCAUGCUGAUAAUGUCUUCUUAACUCUGCUAUUGCAAGAUCAAAUUGGUGGUCUCCAAGUUCUUCAUCAUAAUCAUUGGGUUGAUGUUUCUCCCACUCCUGGAGCCCUAGUUGUUAACAUAGGGGAUCUUUUACAGUUGAUAACAAACGACAGAUUCAAAAGUGUGGAACACAGAGUAUUAGCUAAUAACAAUGGUCCAAGAAUAUCUGUGGUAUCUUUCUUCACAACCUUUUUUCUUGAGACGUCUAGAAGGUAUGGACCUAUCAAGGAAUUAUUGUCACAAUCAAAUCCCCCAAAGUAUCGUGAGACUACAGUGAAAGAGUAUAGUGCCUACUCCACGACUAAAGGGCUUGAUGGCACCUCGGCCCUUCCACAUUUCAAGCUAUGAUUUACAAAUUACUUUAGUUUGUAUAUGUAUCUUACUUUAAACCUUAGUAUAUAUGUCAUAAUAUCCAUGUAUUUGAUGUUAUAUUGUUACAUUUGGACAUGUUUGAAUGAGAGUGAUUACAAUAUUUCGUAAUA